UGUGUGCCGACCCAGUUCGCGCGUGUGAUACAUACACACACACACAUCACACACUCCACGCACUCUUCUUUUCUCUAUUAAAUUAUUAAAUGCUCUCUCACCCACUUUCUACUACAACUGGUGGUGAACAGAGGAACAGAGCUAGACAGAGACACCAAUAGAGAAAGAGAGAGAGAGAGAUAGAAAGAGAGCGAUAGGAUCUGAUCUCAUUUCAUUUCAUUUCCUCGUUUCCUUCUUCUGCGAGGGAAAUUUAAUUGUUUUCUACUUUGAAAUCUUCCCCAUUUCUUUACUCUUCAAGAAAGAGAGAGAGAGAUUGAUAUACUAGUGUUAAGACCCUCCUUGACAUUCUCUGAAUUGAAUUUCAAAACUUUAGAGAGAGAGAGAGAGAGAGAAGGAGAGAGAUAGAUAGAAAGUAGAAACGAUGUUUGCUUCCGAGAAUGGUCUGAAAGGUGAUCCAAGGCUUGAAGCUAUAUCAGCAGCCAUUAGAGUUGUUCCUGAUUUCCCCAAGAAAGGGAUUAUGUUUCAGGACAUAACAACGCUAUUACUGGAUCAUAAGGCCUUUAAACACACGAUCGACAUUUUCGUUGAUCGCUACAGGGACAUGCAGAUCUCUGUCGUGGCUGGAGUUGAAGCAAGAGGUUUCUUGUUCGGUCCUUCCAUUGCCUUAGCCAUCGGCGCAAAGUUUAUCCCUUUGCGUAAACCUGGAAAAUUACCAGGGAAAGUGAUAUCGGAGUCUUAUGAGCUUGAGUAUGGACAUGACCGUUUAGAGAUGCAUGUUGGCACUGUUGAGCCACGAGAACGUGUCAUUAUCAUCGACGAUCUCGUUGCUACCGGCGGCACUCUCUCAGCCGCCAUUAGCCUUUUGGAAAGCCAAGGAGCUGAGGUUGUGGAGUGUGCUUGUGUUAUUGGCUUGCCUGAAGUCAAGGGGCAACACAAGCUGAAAGGGAAGCCUCUUUAUGUGCUGGUGGAGCCUAGUGGAGUAGAUGAGUUCUGUUAGGAUACAAUCCGGUUAAUGUUUCCUUCUUCUUCUUUUUCAAAAACUCCUAGGGUUUCACUUUCAAUUCAACGUCUUGUAUUCGUUACCUGUAGAUUUUGAAUUUUGCUGUGUGGUUUUUACCUUUUUAAGUGAGAGUUAGGACAACAAUGUGUACUUUCCCCCACGUCAGUGGUUGGUAUAAAAAAAAACUGGGACAUCGAAAGUGUCAUUAAAGUGCCCUGUUUGGUUCCA